AUAAAACACCACAACCAGAGGCUGGCUCAUGUAAAUCUUUGAGUAAAGAAUCUAAACUUUUUCCAGAAUCAGAUGACCAAUUAUUUCAAUUAUUAUCUCCAGCAUUACGAGAAAAAAUUAUCAAUCUAUUAACAAAAAAUAAAUGGGUUGAAUCUCUUGAAUAUAUGCAAUGUAAAAUAGAAGAUAUAGAUAUUCUGGAGGCAUUUUCAGAUACUGCAUCCGAAUGUGUUCUUAUGAACAAAGCAUUAAAUAAUGCAUUAGGGUGGGAUCUUGGAAUUGCACCAAAUUUUAUUCUUACUUAUAAUUCAGAUCACAUAACCAAAUUAAUAGGAGGACAUAAAGAUGUUGCAAUAUCUAUAAAACAUAAGAAUGGGUGGCUUACAGUAACGGUAAAUAUUGUAGUUAUUGAUGAUAAAGAAACAGAUUAUCUUCUUUGUUUAGGAAUGCCAUUUAUCCGAAAAGUUAAAGGAAUUCCAGAUUCAGAUAAACAUGAAUUCCGAAUGACAGUUCGUGGAAAAUCUUACAUUAUCCCAACUUUUAUUAAACCAAAUGAAGAUAUUAACAAGAAGCAACCUUCAAGAAUUGGAUAUAUUAGCGGAGCUAGUGUCUUGAGUCAAAGACUCGUGGCUUUGCCACUGACACUUAGUAUUUUGAUAUGUUGGGGACGUAAAAUUAGAGACAUCGUCAUAUGA